CAACAGACCAUCGUGUGGGCAGUCGUGUUUAAAUCACCAGUCAUUUUGCACGAUUUGUACGUGUUGUUAUAUUAUAUUUUCAAUUAAGUUCUAGUUAAAUUUGUUCAAAUUGAAGUAUUUAAGUCGUUUAAUUGGAGACUUUAAAUCAUCAACAUGCAAAUAUUCUUCUAUUUGAGUUUCGUUGCUUUUACACAACUGAGUUAUGCUCAAAUGGAUAUUCAGUUACCCAGUUUCAGUUCUUUUAGUUAUAAUGAAGAAAGUAAUAGACUAGUCAACUCGAUAAAUGAAUUCGGGUUCAAAUUGUUAUCGAAAAUGAUGAAAAAAUAUCCCGAUAAGAACAUUGUCAUCUCACCGGCGAGUAUAUCUUGUCUGCUGGCAAUGACUCUGCUGGGCAGCGUGGGGAGGUCGUAUGACGAACUUGCCGGGGCACUUGGAUUUUCCGAAGAUAUCUUAUUGAAUCGACAAAACCACGAAUUGUUCGGUGAAUUUUUGCGACAUGUGAACUCGGAUGGUACGUGGAGUAAGACCAUAUUCGCUGACGCAGUGUUUGUGGACAGCCGGUCACAGCUACGUGACGCCUACCGGGCGUACCUUGCCAGGGUAUACGGGGGCGAAGUCCUAACUGUCAAUUUCACUGACACCAUGAACGUCAAGGAAAUUAUUAAUGAUUGGGUGAGCACGCAAACUAAGGGCCAAAUUGAUAAUUUCUUGAAGGAAUCUUUGCCUGUCAGUACUAAAGUGGUGCUGUUAAGUGCUCUUUACUUCAGCGGGCAGUGGGCGAGACCUUUCUUACCUGAACACACACGGAAAAUGACAUUUACGCGAGGAAAGGACAAAAUCAAUGAGGAUCUCAUGUUAAAUUUGGGUCAAUUCAAUUAUAUUCAUUCUGUAAAAGAUGGUCUCCAUAUGAUCGCGUUUCAAUACAACGAUAGUAGCACCACAAUGUACGCGUUAAAACCUCGUAUGCCUAACGAAUUGUCACUGACAGAGUUAAUGGAGCGUUUGGAUUAUUCCAAGAUCGAUAGCUUAAUAAACCAGAUGACAGAGUUAGACACAGUUGUACGAUUCCCUAAAAUGGAAAUCAAAAGCGAUGUUAAUUUAGAAUCAAACUUAAAAGAACUAGGAAUUAGAUCCAUGUUUGAUCCACGCGAAGCUAAUUUUGCGUUGAUGAUAGACACAAAUACGGUAGCAAACAGAACUGUUGAUGAAAUUUUAACAAGGAUCAACGAAGGCAAUGUGAAAGAACGAAGAGUCAAGAAUAUAGUCAAUAAUCUUAUGAAUCCUGGAGUUUAUGUUGAUUCAGUCAUGCACGAAGUGAAAAUUAAAAUCGACGAAUACGGCACGGAGGCGGUUGCAGCAACAAGCAGUAUUCUGGCGCGGACGGCGGAACAGUUCUACGCGGAUUCACCAUUCUUUAUGUUCAUUAGAAACGAAAAGACAAAACUAAUCACCUUCAGUGCACUUGUAUUCGAUCCCACCGUCUAAUUUAUUUUGUUAAAUAUUAAUAAAAUUGUUUUUCAUGUUA